ACAAAGGGCGAGAGCAAAGGAAGGAAUCACAGAUGGUCAGAUUGGCCAAGAGAGAGGGGCUGAGGGGGUGGAAUCCUAGAAGUGCAGCUGGCUCCAAAAACCACUGGCCUCCAAACAAAAACUAAAUGAGAAACAACACAGAAUGUUCUGGAGCUACAAAUCAGAGCAGAGUCUUUUCUAAACCCCGCAAGACGAAAAGGAGUGGGAAGAACAUCCAUUUCUCAAGAAAUCUUUCAACCCAGCAAGUCUAUUGUUACUGAUCUCUGUUUUCAGGCAAAUAAUUGAAUAAAUUGUAUUCUCUAGGAGAGCUGCAGAAUAAAUGUAAAACAAUCAUAUUGAUGUUUUGCAAUAGAUUCAGUGCAGUUAUUUUACGUGGGAGUGCAAAUAAUGUCAGACAGACUGUUGUUUGUCCUUUUGCUUUGUUUUUGUCUAACUAUGAGUUCAGUCAAGAGCCAGGGUUCACCACAGGAUGCCUUUAUAAUACAAUACCUGGAGAGGAGACUGAGUCAAAUAGAGGAGCGUCUGAAUCAAUGUGAGCAAAACACAGUGAGCAUAACCCAGAAGACCUAUGAUCUCUCCUCAGAAAUGAGAGGUCAUCUGUCCACCUUGAAUGCUAUGAGAGCAGAGGUGAGGAGCCACCUGGAAAGCAUCGCUGAGCGUGUGGAGCGAGUGGAGAGAGAGCUGGAAUAUCUCGAAAACAAGAUGCCCGCCCAAUCUGACAUUGAGAUGGAGGAGGCACUGCUCGAACAACAGAUAAAAGCAGCAGAACUGGACCAGCUAAAGAAAAGAGCUCAAAUCAAAGUAGAAAAUGAUUGCAAUGUAGCCUUGAGUCAAAUUAAGUCUCUCAAAAUUGUGAAGAAGAUAGGAGACAACGCGGGUUGCUGGUUCAAGGACCCUUCUGAUGGAUCAGCCAAGGUCUACCUGCUGAGUGGAAUUCGUAACGACACACUGUUGGAGUACGCAUCUCUACAAAGCUUCUCAGAGAAAAUCGCUGUACCCCAAGUUAAAGUGGUCAGGCUGCCUUUUACAUGGCAGGGAACAGGCCACGUGGUCUACAAUGGAUUCCUCUACUACCACAGAGCAGACACACCCAACCAGAUACUAAAAGUUGACUUGUCGAAUGGCACAGUGGUCGACAGCACCCUUCUUCCAGGCGCUGGCCGCCUCCCAGUGUACAGCUUGAACACCAACACCUACUUGGACAUGGCUGUGGAUGAACUAGGUCUUUGGGUUAUUCAUGCUGACCCAGAAUAUGGAGGAAACUUAGUCCUAACUAAACUGGAUAAAGUAGCUGAAUUUCCAACAGCGCCCUGCAGGUUGACGGCGCCGGUGGCGGACGUUGUUAACCCGGGCCACGACCGAUCCGGUAUGGAAUUCUUUGGAUGAACGCUCAUAUUUGUUUGGCAAGGUUUUAAGCCGGAUGCCCUUCCUGACGCAACCCUCUGCAUUUAUCCGGGCUUGGGACCGGCCUACAGUUUGCACUGACUUGUGCCCCCCAUAGGGCUGCAUUUGAGACCUAUAAUGAACAAAAUCAUAAAAUAAACAAAUUGCACUUUUGCGUGGUCUUUGAGCUGUGCAGCAAGUGCAAACAUGAGCAGACAUACAGUAUAAAACCAAACUUGCACUUGUCUGCUUCGGCUAUGCUGUUCAGACAUGCAUCCAUCAUUUGUGGCAUUGAGGAAACUUAUCCGGGAACAAUUAGAUGUGCACUGCAUUACUGACAAGAAAACCAAGAAUAAAAAGUCAGUGAAACAGUGAGAUUGUUACACAUUCCAUUCCUGUUGUAACCUAAACACACAGCAUUUGUAAGAAUAAAAGCCUUCUCCCAAAUUAACUGAGACUUACUCAGACAAAAAAAAAUAACAAAUCUUUAUUUAAACAAGGAAUUAUAAACAUACGUAUAUCCAUACAUACAUUUGAUAUACUGCCUUUCCUUAUGAGGAGGGUCCUGAGUAAAUGGAGUGUAUCCUAACAUUCGCACUCACUUUCACACCUUGUGUGUAAUAUAUAAAUAUGAUGAUAAUACAAAAUCGCAGGAAGAGCUCUUUUCCAUCAUUUUUGAUAGAAGCAACAUGCAUUUUGACAAUCCAUCUUGCCAUGCCAUUAAUUGCGUACAGACUAUUCUUUUGUUGAACAUCUUCAGACUAAGCCAUGAACAGUUUGACAUGAUACAUUUUGAAGGUUUUCGUACACAAAUAAAAAAAAAAUUCUCAGAAUGACAAAAAAAUGUAUAGCAUUUUGGAAAAGAGCUCUUCACAUAUAUACUGUUUAUUACUAUGAAAAUAAACAUCAUUAUUCAUGAGUCAUGA